GUAGAGGCUGUCGCGUGUAGUCGUGUGUACAUGCAGCUCUAUGAUGCCGGCUUGUUGUACGUCUUCAAAUACUUACAUUUUACUCCACAUUCCAGGGAUUCAUGUUUGAGUUUUUAGAGGUUUGGAAAAAAAAAGAGUCUGGGGAUGAAAGUUGUCGCGUUAAUAAGUGGAGGGAAAGACAGCUGCUACAACAUGAUGCAGUGUGUUGCUGCUGGUCAUCACAUUGCAGCUCUGGCCAACCUGCGUCCUGCUGACACAGAUGAGUUGGACAGCUACAUGUACCAAACUGUGGGUCACCAGGCCAUAGAGCUGUACGCCGAGGCCAUGGACGUACCUCUAUACCGACGCACCAUCCAGGGCUUCAGCUUGGACACCGGCAGAGACUACCGUGAGACAGCAGGGGACGAGGUGGAAGACCUUUAUGAGCUGCUGAGCCUUGUCAAGGAAAAAGAAGGUGUUGAGGCUGUGUCUGCAGGAGCUAUUCUUUCUGAUUACCAGCGGGUCCGUGUUGAAAAUGUGUGUCUGCGUCUUGGUUUGCAGCCUCUAGCCUACCUAUGGCGCCGAGACCAGGAGUCGCUGCUCGCUGAGAUGAUAUCAUCUGACCUCCACGCCAUCCUCAUCAAAGUUGCCGCCUUUGGCCUGGAUCCCGACAAGCAUCUGGGAAAGUCUCUGGCUGACAUGGAGCCUUACCUGAAACAGCUCUCGCAGAAGUACGGCGUCCAUAUUUGUGGCGAAGGAGGGGAAUAUGAAACAUUGACUCUGGAUUGUCCCCUCUUCAAAAAGAGGCUCGUCAUUGAUGCGGCGGAGACAGUGAUACACUCGGCGGACGCCUUCGCUCCGGUUGGCUACCUUCGUUUCACUGCCAUGCACACCGAGAGCAAACCCAGUGAUGUGGCGGCGAGAGCGGUGGCUCGUUGUCCUUGCCAAAGCGCCAUUGACGAUAUUACGGAGGAGGUGGAAUAUGCUGAUGAAGCCGGAGACCACCACCAACGCCACGGCCGAGUAUUUACAUCAGACGCUGACCUUAGUUGUCAGCGGGGCCACGUGCUUCCUGGAGAUGUGCUUCCAUCACGCUCGUUCAGGAGUUCCAGAGGUUAUCAGUGGAUCUCUGGUAUCAACGGGCUACAAAGCCAAGACUCCGGGAUAAAGAGCCAGACUGCGGCAGCUUUCAUACUCUUGCAAAGUGAGUUGGGCAACAGAAACUGGGGCAUGAAGGACAUUGUCCUUGUUCACCUGUAUGUGAGCAACAUGGAGGACUUCGGUCCACUCAACGAGGUGUAUAAGAAACACUUCGGCACAAACCCUCCUGCCCGGGUGUGUGUCCAAGCCCCGCUACCUGCUGGCCAGCUGCUGCAGAUGGACUGUCUCCUCCAUGACUGGAGCAAGCCCCCGGCGGAAGACAGCUUUCAUCAGAGAGAGGCGUUGCACGUACAGAGUCUUUCUCACUGGGCACCCGCCAACAUCGGGCCCUACAGUCAAGCCCUCAGGGUGGAUGGUGACGUGUUCUGUGCGGGCCAGAUCGCACUGAUCCCCUGCACCAUGCAGCUGGUGAAGGCCGGCGCCAGCAAACAGGCUGUGUUGUGUUUCAGCCACGUCCAAAAGGUUCUGAGGGCCGUCGUCAGCUGUUUGACUCUGGGCCACGUGGUCCAGGCCCACUGUUACGCAACAAGGCGCCAGGACAUCCCCGUCAUCCGGGCCGCAUGGGAGCGCGUGCUGGAGACUGCAGAAGAGGAUCUGAUUAUAGGGCCUGACAGUAAACCUGCUCCAUCACUGGUGCUGGUUGUAGUACCUGCUUUACCCAAAAGUGCUGCCGUCGAGCUCCACGUCACAGCCAUACACGAUGACCCCAGCUUAAGGACUUCCUGUCACGUGACCACAAAGCUGGGUUUCGGCCACAUAGAGUGUCACACUUUGACGUCUGCUGACCGAUGCGGCGCUUCCCUGUCCCUCCGCCUGUCCGUGCUCGACCCCGAGAUCGGCGCAGACGCCAGGGAGGUCACCGAAGCCAUCGCCUCGGCUUUUGCCAAAGCCCUGAAGAAGACCGAGGCCUUGCUGGUGCCACUUUGCGCACGGGUGUUCUACAAGUGCGGCCACUUGCUGGGCUGGCGGGUUGUUGAAGGCCUUGAAGACACCUUGAAAAAGUCUCUAGGAGAGUCCAGUCCCGCUGUUGCCUUGGUUCCAGUUGUGGACUUGCCUGACUGCCUCAUCCUCCAUCUGUCCUGUUGGCUCAGCGCAUGAGAAGCACAGCCAGGAUCCACAGUUCUGUCACAGGGGGCUGACUCUUGAACAACAUGAUGAUCCAAACCACACUGUGAUCUUGGUAUUUGGGCCUAGAAUCCAUCGAUUUAAGUUUGCAUGUUCUCCCCGUGACUGCGUAGGUUCCCUCCGGGUACUCCGGCUUCCUCCCACCGCCAAAAACAUGCACCUGGGGAUAGGUUGAUUGGCAACACUAAAUUGGCCCUAGUGUGUGAAUGUGAGUGUGAAUGUUGUCUGUCUAUCUCAGGGGUCGGCAACCCAAAAUGUUGAAAGAGCCAUAUUGGACCAAAAAUACAAAAAAAAAUCUGUCUGGAGCCGCAAAAAAUUAAAAGCCAUAUUACAUGUGUCAUGAGAUAUACAUUUAAUUAAGAGGACUUAAAGGAAACUAAAUGACCUCAAAUAUAGCUACAAAUGAGGCAUAAUGAUGCAAUAUGUACAUAUCGCUAGCCUAAAUAGCAUGUUAGCAUCGAUUAGCUUGCAGUCAUGCAGUGACCAAAUAUGUCUGAUUAUCACUCCACACAAGUCAAUAACAUCAACAAAACUCACCUUUGUGCAUUCACGCACGACGUUAAAAGUUUGGUGGACAAAAUGAGACAGAAAAAGAAGUGGCAUAAAACACGUCCUAGAAAGUCGGAGCAAGUUAUACAUGUAAACAAACUAUACGGUGAGUUCAAGGACCGCCAAAAUAAGUAGGACAAAACGGCGCUCGCCAAAUACUCGAAUCAGUGAAGCAUGUUUAAUAUAAACAGUGUGAUUUAUAACAAUUAGGGAGGUUUGUGUCAUGUUUGUCCUCCUACAGAAACCAUACUAAAACAAAAAAAUUGAUUUUUCCCCCUCAUCUUUUUCCAUUCUUCAUACAUUUUUGAAAAAUCUCCAGAGAGCCACUAGGGCGGCGCUAAAGAGCGCGGGUUGCCGACCCCCGGUCUAUCUGUAUUGGCCCUGUGAUGAGGUGGCGACUUGUCCAGGGUGUACCCCGCCUUCCGCCCGAAUGCAGCUGAGAUAGGCUCCAGCACCCCCCGCGACCCCAUAAGGGACAAACGGUAGAAAAUGGAUGGAUGGAUCCAUCGAUUUACCCAAUGGUGCUAUGGUUCUACUUCAGUCUGGAGGACUUCUUAGGAAAAGAAAGUCUUACGAAGUGUCUAGACCAGUGGUUCUUAACCUUGUUGGGGGUACCGAACCCCACCAGUUUCAUAUGCGCAUUCACCGAACCCUUCUUUAGUGAAAAAUAAAAUGUUUUGUUUUUUUCAAAUUCAAGACAAAGUUAUAUGUUUUUUUACUGGUGCACAAAAUGAACCGUGCGUGAACCACAACAAAUUACACACCUGCAAAUUAGAGGGAACAUUGUUUGGGGGUAUCAUUUUAUUUAUGUCAGCUUCAAACACUGAUGACAUCUAAUAAUCAGACAAGAAGCAAGGAAUCAUGCAGAGACAGAGUUUAAUUUAGCUCACGAAGACACACGUGUUUUGGGCUGUAUUCUAGUUACAGAUCCAAACUACGUUCUAAAAGUCAAGCCCGCGUGCCUCCUCUAUUUAUUUGGAAGGUCCCUGUUACAUCACUGAAGCUGUCGCUGAGGGAAGGGGGUAAUCUCGACAACUCCAGUUAGACACAAUAUAUGAUUAUAGAAUAAAUUAAAAUGAGUUGACGCGGGUCAUAUCGCCUUGUCUCUGCUCUGUCUGCGUCACGGCGGUGUUCGGCCUUGGCCGUCAGCCGGCCGAGUCUGGACACAACACUGAUAAAGACGACUGGCAAUCUUUUGGAUUGCCAGCUUGCACAGAUACAAAAAUACCACUUCAGCACAGUUGACAAUAAUUUAUAGCAACGGCCCUUACGCAUAAAGUUAUGAUGAUAAUAUAUACAUAAUUAUUCUUAACAUUUUACACGAUGAGUCGGGUGUGUCUUGACCUCCGCCGUACCCCUGAGGUCGACUCAUCGAAGCCCUUGGGUUCGAUCGAAUCCAGGUUAAGAGACCACUGGUCUAGAGAGAAACAACAACCCUAUAAUAGUCUUUUUACGAAGACAGAGUUAGAUAUUCCACAGGCAUAAAACCGACCAGUCCUUUAGAGCUCUUUGUCAAGGUCCAAAGUGGAGUUCCUAGCACAUGAUGUUUCACGGCCUUGUUUAGGAAGUCAGUCCCCAACUUCCUUUGUCCUUGGUGAAUUUCUUCUGCUCCUUUGCGUCAUAGUUCCUUUCAGUCCCGCAUCCUUCCAAACCUUAAGCCAAGUCCUCAGAGACCAAUGUUUCCUUCCUCCUGCCCAGCAUCUUCUUUGCUUGGUACUAGACAGAUUUCUAUGAACCAGGGUUUCUACGAACAACUUCCGGAGGUGAUACAAUCUCUCACUGGGUGUGCAAUCGCUGUCUUGUUACGUUGACCAUUUGAUGUCACACAUAUAGAAAUUAACCUGCUAACACCAUUUGCUUGCUGCAGUUUUGUAUACUCCUAAGUCUCAUAUUGGAUAAAUUGGGUCGUAGAGAUCAGGAACAUGUGGAUUCAUAGUUUCCCCACCUGCCACAGAUAUAUUAAGUCUGUUCAGAACACAGCUAUUUUUUUCCACAUUAUUGAAUUGGACAAGCGCUCCACUUUCUCGCUGGCCUCAGUCUCCUCCUGGAUAAAAUGUAUCUCUUUAUUAAAGAUACUGAGACGUCAAUACAGUAGUUGUUGCUUAUUAUUAGUUUUAUUGGUGUGUUAUCUGAUCCAUUCAAUAUGUUGUGUUUUUUGCUGAGCCGAGCUAAGGCCCUGUGUACAUUAAGCCGGAUAACUCCUUAAACUAAUAAUAAUAAUAAACGACCAUUGUGUGUGUGUGGACACGGAUAAGGUUAGGUGGGAUUUACCCUGGAUAACUUUAGCCGGGGCUAAGUCUUUACCGCACAGUGGAACCGGCCUCGAAAAGCUGCUUUCAGCAGAAAAUGGUGCUAGACGUUUGUUGUUGUGACUUUUUUAACAUUGGACAGUGAAAUGAGAACAUGUCUCACAGUGAAAGUUGUUUUUUCCGAAUAAUAAGCCAACAGUCACAACAAACGGUGAACCUUAACACUGCUUGGUUCAACUCUUUACCACAAAGUGUCGUACACUGCAAAAACUGAAAUCUAAGCAAGAUUAAAUAUCUCAAAUAAGGGUGAUAUUUGCUUAUUUUCUGUCUGAUAAGAUAAUUCUUUUCACUAAGCAGAUUUUAUGUUAGAGUGUUUUACUUGUUUUAAGGGUUUUGGUCCUAAAUGAUCGCAGUAAGAUAUUACAGCUUGUUGCUGAGAUUUGAUGACCUAUAUUGAGUAAAACAUGCUUGAAACUAGAAUAUCAACUGAUGCAAAGCUGUGUCAUCAACACUCACAAGUAUAAAACUAUGUUUUUAAAGUAAUAAUUUCUUCAAGCAUGAAAAAAAAAUCAUGAUGCCGAGCGCAUAUCAUUAUGUCAAGAUAAUGACACUAGCAUUUACUUCAUGUGUACAGCUCCACUAAUGGACAUUGGAGUGUUACUUUCAAAGGCAAAAUUAAAGUAUUGCUAGAAACAUAAUUUUAUAUGGAACUUUAUUGUAUUAUAUGUAUAGUACAUGUUCCAAAAAGAAAAAAAGCAUAAAACACAGUACCGUAUAUUGAAAUAUACUAAUGUCAAAAAAGGGAAUAAAUAUUCAAAAUAAUCUAGUUUGGUUACGCCAUCAUGAGCGCAACACAAGGUUGUAAAAGUUUCCACUACAAUUCUAAAUAAGAUGUCAAAAGCAAACUGAAAUCAAAUACACACAGCUUAAAGAUUGAUCAAUACCUAUUUAAAUUUAGUAAUACAUAAAUACACAAUUACACCAAAAAGUAACGCUAUGAAAUGCAUUUUUCCAAGUUUUUGGGGCAUUUUUAUGCUGUUUCCAAGCAUCUCCUUUUUAUUAGCGUUGAUUUGAAAUGGUCAAACUAAUGCAUAUUAUAUAUGUGAAAACAUCAGUGAA